UAACUUGUUGCAAAGCAAUCACAUUCACAUGGAGUCCAACUUCGGCUCCGCACCGACUCAAGCUCAUCCUGAGACCAUGGACUUCCUCUCUCGUGCAUGGUGCAAUUUCGCGGUCCAAGCUUUUCAGCCUCCAUCGCACGAUCCUCUUCACCAGUCGAUCGUCCUCCUCGAUCCCCCGAUCGAGAAACUCGAGAAAGAAACGACUUCUCCCAACAAUUUCCUGAAGAUGGACCAUGGUGUGACCAUGGAUGAUGCAGGUUUCGAGUCUUUACCUCCAUGGAAAUCGAAUGACGUCAAGUCAUGGAUAUCGAUGCAACAGGCCAUGCACCCAGAAAUAAACUAUAACAGCUGUUUCAGGAAAAAAUGGGCUCCCUGGAAGAUGAUAUCAUUCAAGAUCAUCUCAAUCAAGAAGUGGCUGAAAGAGAUGAAACUGAGGAGGAAGGAAGAAGAGAGGCUGCAGAGAACCGAGGUCCACGCGGCGAUGUCGGUGGCAGGCGUAGCGGCCGCCCUAGCCGCCGUCACCGCUGAGAGCUCGAGAGGCGGCGAGCCUCUGUCCUCGAACUCGGAGAAGGGAGCGGCGGUGGCGUCCGCAGCGGCCCUUGUGGCGGCACAGUGCGCGCUAGUGGCGGAGGCGAUGGGAGCGAAGAGGGAGCAGCUCAGCAAUGUGAUGAAAUCAGCUAUGAGCAGCACCAGUGCUGGUGACAUCUUGACACUCACUGCCGUAGCUACUUCAUCGUUAAGAGGAGCUGCUACCCUCAAGGCAAGGUCCGGCUGCAGGAACAGAUUAAACGGGACUUCACCAGUUCUCCCAAUCGACCAGGACCAGAACGACCUUGACUUUGACUUUGACUUCGACAGAUGUCGUUCCAUCUUGGCCAAAGGUGCUGAGCUCAGCAUCGAAAACCCAGACGGGAGGUACGUGGCGAGAACAGUUUCUUUGUUCCUGAACAACGAAGCCAAGGUGAUUCUCCAACUCAGGAAGCUCAAUCUGUUGAAAAGCAAACAGGAAAGCAUCGUAUUGGACUUGCAUGCCGAGUUAUACAAGGAUGGAGAGGCUGAGGAGACCGAGACAUGCUACCUCAUCGUAUUGACGACGAGCCGCGGGACGAUCAAGCUGGACAUGGUGGACGAUCAUCGACGGUACAAGUUAUGGACGACCACCAUCAAUCAUUUACUAAUGUUGUCCGCUUCAUUUACCAACUAUGAGCUUCAGUUUUAUAGGAAAUAAACCCUAAUGUUUUGUAUCGAUGCAUGGCGACGUCGUUUUUAUGUACAUUAAUACGACUUUUGUCGAGCAAGUAAUUUGUUUAUGCCAUGGUCACGGCUUAAAAG